UAGACCUUCGUUGUCUGUUAGUUGAUGUUAUGUAAAAUUGUACUUUAUCUUACCCUGUGUUUCAAGCGUGUUUAGAUAAGAUGAUUUGAUUUGAGUGAUAGCUGUCAGCUGACCGCCCAUAAUUUUGAUUACGGUACUUGUGCUUUAAAGUCUUCAUUAACUUAAUCAUUACUUUGCUGUGCAGUAGCCUAUUUCAAGUUUUUAGUGAAGUUGGCGAAUUUUUAUUUUGUCUACAUACACAGGCUGCUCCUUAAGAAUCUUCAGGAUGAGUGGAAGUGACAGGACGAGGGCAGCCGAAGAGCAGGUUUUGUUGAAUGAACUUCCCUCUCGCAAUGGUGUCACAGUUACUCCCAGUAGGACGCCUGUUGGAAAAAGAGGUGGUGCUAUUUUAAAAGAGGGAGCUUCUAGUCUUGUCCAAUUGCUCUCGUUCCAGGAUGACAAUAGCCGCGGCUUCGCUGGGCCAGAGUAUGAGAAGCAGCCAUUCUUGAUGACGGAGCCUGUCAGACUCACCCCAGCCUGGGAGGAGACAAAUCUGCCCAAUGAUGAGCUCAACUUCAAGGAGGUUACCAUGGAGCAGGCUCAGCUUGAGAUGAACCCACCGUACGACAGACUGAAGCUUGUGUACCUGACACUACUGUUGCAUGGCAUUGGCACGCUGAUGCCCUGGAAUAUGUUCAUUACUGCCAAAGAUUAUUUCACCGAAUACAAACUAAGCGAAAAUUACACAGGGUACGACUUGGAUUAUGUGACCAAUUUUAUGCCUUACAUAGGAUUUGCUUCACAAGUGCCAAACUUGGUUUUCAACUGGCUCAACAUUUUCUUGCAAAUAGGUGGUAACCUGACCACCCGCAUAGUGUGGAGUCUGCUGGUGGAGGUGGUGAUAUUCGUGGUGACAGUGGUACUGGCCAUGGGAGACUCUUCAGAUUGGCCUGGAGUGUUUUUCUGGGUUACAAUGGCCUCUGUGGUCGUCCUCAACAUGGCCAAUGGAAUAUACCAGAACACUGUGUAUGGGAUGGCUGCUAAACUGCCCUUUAAGUACACUGGAGCUGUCGUCUUAGGAUCUAAUGUGUGUGGGACCCUGACUGCACUCAUCAGUAUUGCUUCCUCAGCCGUAGCUCCCAACGCCCGCACUGCUGCCAUCUACUACUUCAUCGCUGCCUUGUUUGUGCUGCUUGCUUGUCUGGACACAUACUUUGCUCUACCACUCAAUAGGUUCUAUCGUUAUCAUGAGAUGUUGAAUCAAAAGGAAUCACAAUCCAAGCGAAGAAACAACCAAGGAGCGGAUCCAAGUGUUCCUUAUGGAAAAGUCUUCCGAAAAUGUUUCCCACAAUGUUUCAAUGUGUUCUUCAUAUUUUUUGUUACACUCACUGUGUUUCCUGCUAUUCAUUCAGAUAUCAAAAGAGUGGACAGUGACUUUGUGAUUGGUGACAAGUACUUCACCCAAAUCACCUGUUUCCUCACAUUCAACCUUUGCGCAUGUAUUGGCAGCUUCCUCGCCACCUUUGUGUCUUGGCCUAGUCCCAGAGCCGUGGUGAUUCCUGUAGUUUUGAGAGUUCUCUUCAUUCCCUUGUUCCUAGUGUUUAACUAUCAUCCACUGAGGGUUGAACGAGUGUUUCCCAUACUCAUAGCCAACGACUGGAUCUACUGGGUUGCCGCCUUCGUCUUCGCCAUCACAAGUGGCUACUAUAGCUCCGUAUGCAUGAUGUAUUGCCCCAGAACUGUGGAGUCAGAACACGCAGCUACAGCAGGAAUGUUCGCCGCAGCUUCUCUCAUUACCGGCAUCUUCAGUGGCAUCAUGUUCUCAGCACUGAUGCCGUGGUUUGUGGGCAAUAUCACCUUGGACUGGAUUGGUUCACUAGGCCAGUUGUAGAUAAUCAUAAUACAGACUUGCAUUUAGCAGUAGGGAUCUCAGAAAGAAAAUAGUUAUUCCACUCAUUCAAAAACGAAUCAUUGCGGGCCUCUAGUUUAAAUUGCCACACUUUACUAAAGGAAACCUAUAUUUGUCACAUAUAUCUACAAUAAAAGCUCAGAAACUCAGGAAAGUAUAAUGCCACUACACUUUUUUCACUGACUGAUGCUAAGUUUCAGUUUGGCUACUAUGGGACUUCCCAGUCUCUUUCUUGCAUCCCCAGAGGAGGUAUAGCAUCAUGAAUGGUCUAUUUCAAUAAUAUACCCUACAUUGAAUCGUAAGACAUUGUGUUUAGUUAUGACACUAAACCAAAUUUUAAACCUUAUUCUCCAUUAAGAAAUUCACACAAUGAAUUUAUGUUUUAUGUUAAAGAGGAUUUUUGUUGAACCUCUUAGGUGUAAUAAUUCCUAAAGGGAUUACAAUGUUACAGUAAGCUUUUACAAACUUUUCAACUGUUGUCGCUUUUGUAACGUCCCGAUUCAUUUUUGAAAUGCAUGAGUUUAGUUUUCCCUUGGAGCGUGCGAUAAACUUCAAGAUCAACUGUUUGCCUUGAGCAAUUAAUCCUAUUCAUCUUACUUGUAAAUACAGUAUAAAUAAGAUAAAAUCGGUAAACAGUGAAUUUAAAUGAUCUCUUUUAAGUGGUUUACAUGACCAGUACUCAUUAAAAACCCGAUUUUAUAGCUUAGACAAAACAGCAGGGGCGGCUCCAGGAAUAAUUUUUUUGGGUAGGCCUGACAAAGAUCAAGAAGGAGUUUGAUCGGGGGACGAGAGGUUUGAGAGGGGCUUCCCCGCAAAAAGGGGUGAAUUUUACAAUUUAAAUGCAAACUAAUAAGUUUGAAUGUUUUCCCUUUAUUUACAUAUAAUUAAAUUACUUAAUUUAUUUAUAAUUUUGAAAUAUCCACCAACAUUUUGGGUAGGCCUGGGCCUAACUGGCCUGCCCUCUGGAACCGCCCCUGCGAAAACAGCUAUCUAUAUUAUGUAUGCUUUUUCAUAUUUUAAAACGAAUUAGUUUAAAUAUCACAAAAUAAUUUAUAGCACAACACUGUGUCAUGGUUCUUGGCUUAAUGACUCAAGAUGACCUGUUUUCUGAAAUUUUGACCUAGUUUAAUUGUUGUUGAUUGCUCGCAUUACUGUUCCUAAAAUCUAUAGUAGACAUAUCACAUAGAAUUUUGAGCUUUUUGUAAAAUAUUUUCCCUGCACAUUUGUUGUAGUAUGUAGAAAAAUCAUUGCCUUUUACCAUUUAAGAUAUUUUUAGAAACAUGAGAAUGAUGAAAAUUGUUAGUAAUUGAAGAAAACCUUUCUUAUUUUUCAUAAAAGUACAUACAUUUUUUAGUAUAGGUACAACUGUGUAAGUUAAAAGUUAUUUUUUAAUAUCACACUACCACUUGUACAUGAUUGAUGUUUCCUCUGGAGAAAAUCUGUUUUUUAUCAUUCAAACUUGCAACUAUAAUAAAUUAAUAGUUUUGAUACAAUACUGUAAAGUAAACAUCCCAUUGUUUUAAUAAACUUAACCAGAUUGAAAUAUAAAUAUUUAAUUUAAUUGGGCUAUUGGUAAGAUAACCACAUUACUCUCAGCAUGUUGAUUAAAUAUAUGAACAUUUAAUUAUAUUGUAAAUUGUAACUGUUUUGCUGUUGAGUUAGUUUUUCUCAAAGUAAAAAAAUAAUGCUUACAAUCAUAAAAUUUAACCUGCAAUAGUGCCUUAAGGCCAAGCAGUAGGUGUUUAAGGUAAGAUAGUUCCUGUGUAAAACUUGCUAAGGCCCUGUACACAUGAGUGCGGCAGCUGCACCGGCGGCCGCCUAGGACCGUACACAUGGCAGCGGUUGGAGCCGCGGUUACGCUACGGUUGCGUUGUGAAUUGACUGUCGCUCGACAGCCAGUACUGUAUUUACCCAAUUAUUUUUCUUUUAAAUGCUUAACGCUUGACAAUUCUUUUCAGCAAAAAACUCAACUAACUCUUGCCAAGCAAUCUUUUUUUACCUAAACGUAUCUUCUUUUUGUACUUCUUUAAUGAACAGUUCAGUGUCAAAGUUUUCUGGUUCCACAGCAGCAUGCAUGGCCAUUGUAAACAUACACUAUGAGCACUACAUCAACUCCAGCCACAGCUACACACUUCACCAACACAGAGAGCGAUGUCCACAGGGCAAGCGCGCAGAUGUCUGUGAUCCUAUAGUAGCAACUGCAGUCAACUGCGGCGGCUACUGCCUUCAUGUGUACGCUCUCAUGCCAACUCUAGUAACUUCAACCGCGCGGGAGCCGCGGCUCCCGCGAAAGGGAAAUCUACGACCGCCGCGGUUUAUUGCGGUUGAUUGGAAGUGGGCGGUUGCAUGUGAACGGUCCCAUUUGCUCCUUUGUACUUUCAACCGCCGCGAUUCCCGCGCAAUGGCGACCGCGGCGGCUGCCGCCCUCAUGUGUACAGGGCCUAAGGAUUGGGUUUUGAAAUGAAAUGAAAUGGAAAUCCUAUAUUUCAACAGGCAAAGUUAGGGCCACAUGGCCAUUUCUUACACUUAACCUGUAUACAUAAUUAUAAAUAUAAAAUAGAAUAUACAAUUUAACACAUUAUUUUAUUUAAACACAAAAACAAACUUUUUUGAUAAAACGAAAACUAAAUGUCUAACA